AUGACCAUGUUUGAUCAUCUUAUCCAGUCUUCCAGCUCCGUCUCCUUGCUGGGGACUCUGCUGGUCCUGCUGCUUGUCUAUUUCAUCUCCACCUCCAGUUUCAGCUCUAACGCAGAUGGAAAACAACCUCCAGGCCCCAAACCGCUCCCUGUGCUUGGUAAUCUGCUGCAGCUUGACCUCAAAAGACCCUACAACACAUUACUGAAGCUUUCCAAGAAAUAUGGGUCAGUGUUUACCAUCUAUUUUGGACCCAAGAAAGUGGUGGUUCUGGCAGGAUAUAAGACGGUGAAGGAGGCUCUUGUUAACAAAGCUGAUGUCUUUGGAGAGAGAGACCCAAUGAAAAUUGCUGAGUCUAGUAAAGGACAUGGGGUUUUAUGGUCCAAUGGAGAUUCAUGGAAAGAGAUGAGACGCUUUGCUUUGACAAACCUGAGGGAUUAUGGGAUGGGCAAGAAGGCAUGUGAGGACAAAAUCAUCGAGGAAUGUCAGUAUCUCAUGGAAGUGUUCAAGACUUUCAAGGGUGAGGCUUUUGACACAACCCAACCCAUGAACUACGCAGUCUCUAAUAUCAUCUGCUCCCUGGUCUAUGGCAGUAGAUUUGAGUAUGACAACCCAGAGUUUACAUCCAUGGUGGAUCGAACAAACAGAAACAUUCAACUCGGAGGUUCUCCAUCAAUACAGGUGUACAAUCUGUUCCCAUGGAUGGGCAGAUGGAUAGCUGACAAGAGCGAAUUUGAGAAGUGUAGUAAUCUAAAUAAAAAACAGAAUAUGGAGCUGUUCAGUCGGUUGAAAGAGACGCUGAACCCACAGAUGUGCAGAGGAUUUGUGGAUGCAUUCAUGGUCCGAAAACAAACUCUGGAGGAAUCUGGGGUUACAAACAGUCACUUCAGCAAUGAAAACCUUCUGAUAACAGUUCUCAAUCUGUUUGCUGCUGGAACUGAUACAACAGCAACUACACUCAGAUGGGCGCUUCUCCUCAUGGCCAAAUAUCCAAAGAUUCAGGACCAGGUCCAGGAGGAGAUCAGCAGGGUGAUAGGGACUCGUCAGGUGCAGGUCGAGGACAGGAAGAACUUUCCUUUCACCGAUGCCGUCAUCCAUGAGACCCAGAGGCUGGCCAAUAUCGUCCCCAUGGCACUUCCCCAUAAAACAAGCGAGGAUGUCACCUUCCAGGGUCACUUCAUUAAGAAGGGAACCACAGUUUAUCCUCUGUUGACUUCUGUAUUGUACGAUGAGACUGAAUGGGAGAAACCACACAGUUUCCAUCCUGCUCACUUCCUGGACAAAGAUGGAAAGUUUGUCAAGCGAGACGCUUUCAUGCCUUUUUCUGCAGGUCGUAGAAUUUGUCUCGGUGAGAGUCUGGCAAGGAUGGAGCUCUUCCUCUUCUUCACCACCCUCCUGCAGCACUUUUGCUUCACUCCUCCACCUGGAGUUAAAGAAGAAGACCUGGAUCUGACUCCUCGAGUCGGCUUCACUCUCAACCCUUCACACCAUAAAUUGUGUGCAAUCCCCCGUUUGUGAAGAAGGAUCAGUGUUCUUUUGUAUUAUAUAUCAAGAGUUUAUCUCAUCUAGUUACUGUGUCUUCACGCAA